AUGGAUGGCCUUGAGGUGGCUCCGGAGCAACGCAAGGCUGGGAAAUAUGACAGCGGACUUGAAGUAGUCCCUCACAUGGAAAAAGAAGUCCGAAGGGAUACUGCGGGCUUACACUACGUUUCCGGACCAACAAGUGCAAACCCUGGCAUAAUUGAAGAUGGUUCGCCCGAACCGAAGUCUCCAAAGGAGCGCAAGAGGAUAUGCGGCGUGACGUCCACGAUCUUCUGGUUGUUGGUAGUAGGUAUUGCGAUUGUGGUCAUUGGUGGUGCUGUUGGGGGUGGUGUGGGAGGAUCGAUGGCGAACAGAAAAACCCCUGCCAAGCCAAGUAACCCGGAUCUCAAUGCCACUUCUACAACCUCAUCUACCGAUACAACCACUGCAUCAACCACAUCCUCCGGCCCUGUUACAACGGGAACAGUAGGCCUCGCAGGAAACCCGUGUCCCCGAUCAAACUUGACAACAGAGGCGGGGUCUGAUGGGUCGAUAUUUAAAUUGCUGUGUGCUGUUGACUGGCCAAGCGGGGGCGAGGCGGCAUCCGGCAACGGAAAAGUGCAAGAUUUGAGCAUUGAAACCGAGUAUACGUUGAAGGCCUGCAUUCGUCAAUGUUCAGAUUGGAAUAAGGAUGAGUCAAACAACCAGAAAUGCAAAGGAGUCGUUUAUUCUGCAAAUUUGACGGCUUCCUUCGGGGGUGGACAAGGGGGCAAUUGUUUCUUGAAAAGUAAGGUCGGCAAAUAUUUCCCUAAUGCUGAUACUUCUGUGGCCGCGGGGAUCAUUGGCUGA